AUGGACAUUUCCUCAUCCGAUUUCCCUUCACUCCGGAGGAGGUUUCUUGAUUCAAGGAUUGUGAUGUUGAAGGAUGUAGUAGACCUGGCAGGGUCAGACUUUCAGAACGCUAGGAGGUUUGCUGCCUCCAUUGGACUAAGGUCUCUUCGUGUGGCCACACAACUCCUGGAUAAGUGGCGCACUACAUGCAACACGGGUGGCAUUUUCAACCGUCGACACUGUACCAAGCACCGGGGUUCGAGGGGUUCAGAUGAAGCUGCACCAACGCCACUCCGCUCCGUCGUUUCACCAACCAGGACAGACAGGCACCGACUCCGCAGCAACCGGACCGCGCUGAGCUCUCCCGCUGCAGCUACCGUCUUCGGCGUCCCUCCUCGUGUUGCCUCCUCGCAGAGCCGUCCUGCUCUGCUCCUGGAGUACUCGCCUUCUCUCAGUCAAGUGGCCUCAGCACUCGUGCCCUCACUGACCUCCAAAGCAAACUACUUACCUGAGUUCAGAGUGUCAGCACACACAGGCGGCACUGUGGUCCAGGGAAUCAUGGUUAAUGAUGCUCUCGGAGGCGUUUACUCACGGUUCUGUCAGGAGGGCCGCUCUUCAAAGACGUGGUGGCCCAGCCUCAGGGUAGAUGUGAGUUCUAGUUCUCUCAGGGUAGAUGUGAGAGUUCUACUUCUCUCAGGUGACCACUCCUCUGCCACCACUCCCAUCACAUGCGGUGUCCCUCAAGGGUCCAUUCUCGGGCCAGUUCUAUUUAGUCUGUACAUGCUCCCACUGGGAAACAUUAUCAGGAGACAUGGGAUUGACUUCCAUAGCUAUGCUGACAACACCCAGCUUUACCUCUCUGUCUCCCCCAACGACACCAGCCCUAUUGCCAAUCUCAUUCAGUGUAUUGAACGGAUGAAUACUUGGAUGUCUAAUAACUUUCUACAACUGAACAAAGACAAGACAGAAGUUUUAGUCAUUGGCCCUAAGCCUCAGAGGGAACUUAUCAGUAACAAUUUAAACACCCUGGCACAGAACAUCAAACCCCUGGCCAACAAUCUUGGUGUGCUCCUUGAUCCAGACCUGAACUUUGAGUCACAUAUAAAUCAUGUCACCAGUUGUGCUUUCUACCAUCUCAGAAAUAUUUCCAAAAUGCGGCCUCUGCUCACCCAGGCUGACCCAGAAAAGGUACAUGCUUUUAUUACUAGCAAGCUUGAUUAUUGUAACGCCCUCUUCACUGGCCUAUCAAAAAAGAAUAUUACCAAAAAAGAGACCAAAAAGAGAGCUCACAUUACCCCUAUUUUAAAAUCCCUUCACUGGCUCCCUGUCAGUUUUAGAAUUGAUUUUAAGGUUUUACUUUUGGUUUCUAAAGCCCUAAAUGAUCUUGCGCCUGUCUAUAUAUCUGACUUGCUCUCACCGUACCUUCCAUCACGGCCACUCAGAUCCUCAGACUCCGGCCUCCUAGUUACUCCCAGGGUGAGGACCAACACACAUGGGGAGGCAGCCUUCGCUCACUAUGGUCCUGCCCUGUGGAACAGCCUGCCACUUGCGCUAAGGAUGGUCCAAUCAGUUGAACUUUUUAAGAAACAUCUUAAGACAUACCUUUUUAGCCUUGCCUUCUCUUAAAUCC